GGGGGAAGUGGCAAAGGCGAGGAGUAUUAUCGAUUCGCCGGGGGACUCGUGAGUUAACGGUUUGUUUACACGAGCCGCGCCGAGCGCGGGGACGGACGAGCACCGGCUCGCGGAGGAGGGCGGCGAGGAAGUCGCGCGGAGCGCAUGCGCCACCCGACCAAAACAAUAAUAACAUAGUAGAAGGUUCAUGGCUGGCGGACGAACGGGCGGCCGCUCGCUCUUCGCUCUCCGUGCUCGUUGAAGCCUCGCUGGCUGGCCGCCACUCCGCGUCGAAGAGAUCGGAGGAGUCACGCGCCAGGUAAACAAAGGCGAAGGCGCAGCGCGAGACGUUCGCAUCCGCGCCGUGUGUACCUGCUGAUAAAGCUGGUGCGCCGACAAUUCCGUUGACUCUUGCGGGGAGCGAGUUACGUGAGGGAUACAAGUGUGAAGAACCCGAAAACCAGAGUACCGAGACUACCUCUAGGUCGCGACGCAGUAAGUUCCGACUGACGUCCGCGGCUGACAUUUAUGUAUAUAAAAUCGACACCGCGACAACUUUGCGAGUCGUCACCCCGAGCGACAAGUGCGGAGUAACGAGACGUGGAAUUGAGACUAACCGACUACCUCAGGAUAAAACGGGAAAGAGGUUAAAAAAAGGUAGAGAAACCGAGAUAGAGAAGGAGGAAACAUCGUCGGCUGAUAUGUCCGAUUCGAAAGCAGGAGCACUGCACGAGAUACCAUCUUCCCGUCGAGCCAAAAUAAUCGCUCGCUCUCUCCGUGUGUCCCGAGCCGCCUCUUUCUCUCUCCCACCCCCGGUGCGUUACCUCAUCGGAGCGGAGUAGGUGCGUGUAACAAGCGUGUGCGCGCGUUGUGCAACCCGCCGAUCCUCGUAGAGAGAGCGAGCGAGCAAAAAGGAGAGAAAGAUUCGGGCGCAGACACUGUGUACGUUCGAUCGGCCUGGAAGCAAAACAAUGCGCUGCUGGUGUAGCGCGUAGCGGAGGGAAGGAGUGGUAUACCUGUGUGCGUGUGCCUGUCGUGUACAUAUACGUGUACCUACAGCUGCUGCUGCUGCGCGGUGCGCUGGUGUGCGUUUGUUUAUGCGCGUAGAUUAAACGCGCGCGCUCGUACUCGCGCGGCGUCGUUCAUUCAACAGCCAGCCGCGCUUCGACGCGCGCGAGACUCGUACCGUCGUGCGUUUUGUCGUCGUUUCGAGAAAGCGAGCGAGCGAGCGAGCGAGAAGCAAGAGGGACAGAGAGCGCCGACGGAGGAUAUCGCUGCGCGCGUAUUUGUCCAGUGAAUCACGCGCGUCCCGUCGAUUACACACGGACGCGCCUGGUUGUGUGUCGCCGGAUACACCGGUGCGCAUAUAUAACCGCGAUUGUGUAUUAUUGUUGACGUGUCACGGCGGCGACGUCGUGCGAAUCAGACGAAAGUCAGUUGCUAAUCGGAGAACGACCAGUCGCUCUAAUCUUCUUCCGCGUGGGAAAAAAAAGGAAAAGUGGUCUAAUUUCCUCACUGAGUUUUUUCGCACUUGCAAAAAGGGUUUUAUUUCCUUCAAAAGGAAAAGCAACGUUUCCUCUCCUACUGUCAGUCCUUCGUGUAUUGUGUGCCGAGAUUCCAGGUAAAUACUGAAAGAGAAAAGAGAGAGAGAGAGAGAGAGAGAGAGAGAGAGAGAGAGAGAGAACAAAACACAACGAGAAUUAAAAGGAGAAAGGACGAAAAUACAGAAGGCUCUGAGAGAGAAUCUAUUAAAUUCUUACUGCAUAGUUUACUAACACGAUUGUAGUUGGUGGCGGACGCACGAACAUCUAUUGUGAACCGAGCUUUUAGGAUGCCAAGUGCCGAGGAGACGACGUAUCUGAUCGGCGUGAUGCCGGACAGCGCGACGCAAGCGGAUGCGUUCCUCACGCGCGACGUUGACUUGCUGGUUUCACAGAUUAAGGAAAAUCUGCGACUGUCCAGUCUGAAAGCCAAGUCCAGCAUCACUCACAAGAACAGUCGGCCGUCGCCAUACCGGGUGCCAGCGCGUUCCUGGGCGGACCCCGCGGCCGGUUGUGAGAUUUGUGGUCUGCGGUCCAACGGCCAACAGCAACAACAGCAGCAGCAGCAGCAACAGCAUCACUUGACUGCUGGUCAUCACCAUCAUCAUCAUCAUCAUCAUCAUCAUCAUCAUCAUCAUCAUCAUUAUCACAAUCAUUUAAAAAGGAGCGAAAGGAGCAGAGUAGAUGAUGAUCCGUAUGAAGUGCUCCAAGAACUAUUACGGGAAGGCGGUCUCAUCAAAGAGGCGGUCAAGAGGUUACAGGCGAACCUUGACGAACUCUCGAGCUCGGAAGUGGACGAGGAUGAUGUAGUGGAGGAGGAUGAAGACGACGUGCGACGAUCCAGCGGUGGAUAUCGCAGAAAACCGUACUUCUACGACUCCGAGGAUGAGCCGUUACCGCCGAUGUACGAGCCCCUGGAACUGUGAGCCACACGGCGGCAGCAGCGCCUGGAAAAAACUCGUAUGGACGUUCCUGCAUAAACGACGUCGCUGUUCCUCACGGUCUUCUCGAUCUGGUUUCUUUCAUUUCUUCUGAAAGGGAUAAAAAAUUUUUCGUGAAAUGUCGUGAAACGCGCCGAACGUUGCCUUUGUCCGUUUAUGAUUUAGGACGGACAAUUUGCUUUUCGAAAACGAACUAGAGUCCCUUCGAAGAGGGAAGCGAGUAAAAAGGAGUAAAAGUACCUUCUGUGAGAAACACAUUUUCUUUAUUUUCUCGCGUGGGAGUCCCGGGACAACGACGGCGUGCGAUGUACGUAUAUGCGCGUAUGUUGUGUAU